AUGUACAUCAGUACUGUGUGUUGAUUGCUGAUGUGAUUUGGUUAUUUUGUGUUUAUGGCAUGCUAGCAAAAAGUCAGUGUUCUUUCAUUAGCUUAAUGUCAUUGAACAUACCCUGGCAGAUUAUUCAGCCAGUUCAACAGCGAGCAAAGCAAACUCAGAGGGAUAAUAUUUGUCUUAGACGUAUUAUUUUAAAACAGCUGCUCCAAAUGCCAAGGCGAUUAAAUAAGAGGUGUGAUGAGAAAUAAGUUAGUAGGCGACCUGCUGCAGAGACUAGACUUGUAGUGUAAUGGAAACUAACGCUAGCUUUUAGCUACAGUGCCUAUGUCACCGUUAGCUAACGGAUAGUAAGGCCAACAACAUCCGCCUUUGGGUGUAGAAGGUGCUGCUUCUGUUGCCCUAACUAUCUAGCCAGUAGUCUGAAACCGGCUAGUGAGGUAGCUAGUCACGUCAAAACAAGUUAUUGACAUUGUUACGCUGUCUUUUAACUGCCUGGAACAACUCAAGUAUGGGGAUGUGUCUACCGUGCCUUGGUGGGGCAGCGGACGAUGUUGCUGUCACUCCAGAGCCUGAGACAAGAAGACGACAAUUAGCCGAGGCCGCAGAGAAGCGACAGAAAGAGACAACAUACAGGGGUGUUAAAAAUCCAGAAGCAGUUGAAAGGAAAAGGAAAAAACAGGAAGAGGCUGAGAAACAAGCGAUGACCUCCUCUGUGUCAGGUGGUGGUGGGUUGAAGUGGCAGGUGGGCUGAGAACCCUGAUGGUGGAACCCGAUGUCUUGUUUUAAAACCAAAACAACAUGAAAUAUUGCUGCAAG